AUGGCCAUCAAGCACUUCGACACGCCCGAAGAAUUCGAAGAGAUUAUCAAGACACUGCAGCAAAACCCAGUGUUAGUGUACUUUUCUGGCGAAAACUGCGGUCCCUGCCUUAGAGUGGCACCUUCGUUUGAGGAGUACUCCAACGAGUUUAAAAUCGAUUUUUACAAGACUGAACGUCCAAGAAAGGAUGGAUACAUUGAUAUCUUCAGAAAGCAGGAUCCCUUCAUCCAAGCGUAUCCCACAUUCAUAAUCUAUUACUAUGGCAUAGCCUUUGGCAAGAUCUUGGCCAAGCAACCCGAGCACCUCAAGGACUGGAUCCACUUGAUGCUCAAUGUCUUGGGCAAGUCCGAGCUAAUUGCUAAUAAAUCCACUGAAUAG